UUCAAACAGGCGUGGGUUUGUUUACUAACAGUGCAUGCGGGAAUCUCGCGUUAAAAAUUUUAUCGUUAUUUUCAAUCAAUUAACAAUUCAUAAUGACAGAAUUCAAAACACCUGUGUCAAAAAGGACAAGAAAUAAAUUAGCAGGCAAUCCAGAGUUUCAAACUCCCAUCAAAAUACCUGCUUCUCCAUUUUUACAACAAAUAGGUUAUGGAUGUGGUGUCAAUGUAUUUACAUUCCAAAGAUCUCCCAAAGUUGGAUUUACAAGGUCACCAUGGGCUAUCAAAAAACGUAAUAAGAAUGUUAUGAAGGACUCUAAAUAUAAUGCUAGAAUUCAGUUAGAAGCUGACAUACUCAGAAAAUUAAGCCAUCCAAAUAUUGUGGGUUUUAGAGCACUGACUUAUUCAUCUGAUGGUGAACCAUGUCUUGCUAUGGAAAAGUUAGAAAUAUCUCUUGGAGAUUUAAUAGAAGAAAAGUUAGAAGCUGGAGAAGUAGAGUUUCCAGCAAAUAUCAUUUUAAAAAUUGGUUUUGAAAUUGCAAAAGGUUUAGAAUAUUUGCAUCACACAGCUUAUGUACUUCAUGGUGACAUAAAAAGCUACAAUAUUUUGACAACAAAAGAUUAUAAAACAGUUAAAAUAUGUGACUUUGGGGUAUCCAUUCCUCUGACAAAAGCUUUAGAAAUGGACACAUCAACAGGAGAAUUUAUGUAUAUUGGUACUCAAUGUUGGAGUGCUCCAGAAAUAAUUAAUGAAAAUGGACCUGUUACCAAUAAAGCAGACAUAUGGGCCUUUGGUCUUGUACUUUGGGAAAUGAUAGCAUUAUCACCUCCACACAUAGAAAAUGAAGAUGAAUCAAUGAAUUUAGAUACAGAUGAUUCCAUGCUCGAAUGUGCAGUUCUAAAUCAAAGCAAAGAGAAUGAUGACCCAAAUUCUGAUAUGGAAGAUGACUUUCUACAAAAUUUGAAAGAUCCAGAUACUUCUAAUUAUGGUACCCGACCUCCAUUACCAGCUAUACAACUUGGUAAAGAAUAUGACAAAGUGCUUGAGUUAUUCUAUGCUUGUACAGAUGAAGAUUAUAAAACGAGACCAAGCGCUAAGGGCGUAGUUAUGUUUUUUAAAAAUUUCGUAAAAAUAACUUCAGACGAAACUUCUAAAGUGUAAAUAGGAUUACCGCUAUUUUCAAAAGAAAAUUUUGAAUCAAGGCAAUAGAUCAAAAGUAGAACAAAAUAAAUUAUUUGCUAUCAAUUUUUAUUUUAUUUUUUAAGUAUUAUUUUUUACUAUAAAAUGUAUCACUGUGCUUUUUAUAUA